GUUGCGUGCCGUGCGAACGGGGGAAAGAAACAUAACGGGAGCGGAGCAGCUGUUGCCUGCUAAUUGGAAAAUUCAACACAAAACACACAAAUUUUGAGUUUCGUGUGGAGUUUGGCCAAGUGAAAAGCGGCGGCAGGCGGCCAACGAAUAGCCACAACAAAUUCCGAACCGCGGCACAACACACUUGACUCCGAAAGUUUUUGUUAGUGACACAACACCGAGUGCAACAGAGAUUUCUAGCGAUAGCGAGGGGCAACUCAAGAGUUCAAAAUUUCAAGUAACACUAGAAAAUCCCCAACCCGCCCGCGGAAAAUAAUGCAAAUACGGCAUGCUAAGUGACGAAGAAGGAGCGACGAAGACGAUGACGAUGUCCACGAUUCGGCUGCCCAUUGUGGGCAUGACCUGUCAGUCGUGUGUGCGAAAUAUCCAGGAGCAUAUUGGCCAAAAGCCCGGAGUCCUCGGGGUGCGCGUCAUCCUGGAGGAGCAGGCGGGCUACUUCGACUACGAUCCCCUGCAGACGGAGCCCGCCCGGAUAGCCAGCGAUAUCGACGACAUGGGCUUCGAGUGCAGCUAUCCGGAGCCAGCGGCCGAAUCCAAGCCAAUCCCCUCGAGCGCCUCGACCACCAUCCGGGUGGUGGGCAUGACCUGUCAGUCGUGCGUGAGCAACAUCGAGGGCAACAUCGGCACCAAGCCGGGCAUCCACUCCAUCGAGGUGCAGCUGGCCGCCAAAUUAGCCCGCGUUCAAUACGAUCCCGCCCAGUAUGAUCCCGCCCAGAUAGCCGAGCUCAUCGAUGACAUGGGCUUCGAGGCCUCGGUGCACGAUUCCCGGCAGAGCAGUCCAACGCCCGCCUCAUCGCCCAGAAAGAGUGCAUCUCCCGUGGCUGCUCCCGUACAAAAUGGUGCCGCUGUGGCCAUUCCCAUCGAACAAGAGCUCCUGACCAAGUGCUUCCUGCACAUUCGCGGCAUGACCUGCGCCAGCUGUGUGGCCGCCAUCGAGAAGCACUGCAAGAAGAUCUACGGACUGGAUAGCAUCCUGGUUGCCCUGCUGGCCGCCAAGGCGGAGGUCAAGUUCAAUGCGAACGUGGUGACGGCGGAGAAUAUUGCCAAGAGCAUCACGGAGCUGGGAUUCCCCACCGAGCUCAUCGACGAACCGGACAACGGCGAGGCCGAGGUGGAGCUGGAGAUCAUGGGCAUGACUUGCGCCUCCUGCGUCAACAAGAUCGAGAGUCAUGUGCUCAAAAUAAAGGGCGUGACGAGCGCCUCCGUUACACUGCUAACAAAGAGGGGUAAAUUCCGGUACAACACGGAGGACACGGGGCCGCGGAGCAUCUGCGAGGCGAUCGAGGGCCUGGGAUUCGAGGCCAAGCUGAUGACGGGCCGGGACAAGAUGGCCCACAGCUACCUGGAGCACAAGGAGGAGAUCCGCAAGUGGCGCAACGCCUUCCUGGUCUCCCUGAUCUUCGGCGGACCCUGCAUGGUGGCCAUGAUCUACUUCAUGCUGGAGAUGAACGACAAGGGACACGCGAACAUGUGCUGCCUGGUGCCUGGGCUGUCGAUGGAGAACCUGGUGAUGUUCCUGCUCUCCACACCGGUGCAGUUCUUCGGCGGCUUCCACUUCUACGUGCAGUCCUAUCGAGCCAUCAAACAUGGCACCACCAACAUGGACGUGCUCAUCUCGAUGGUGACGACCAUAUCGUACGUUUACUCCGUGGCCGUGGUAAUUGCCGCCGUUCUCCUGGAGCUGAACAGCUCCCCUUUAACCUUCUUCGACACGCCGCCCAUGCUGCUGAUCUUCAUUUCGCUGGGCCGCUGGCUGGAGCACAUCGCCAAGGGCAAGACCUCGGAGGCGCUGUCCAAGCUGCUCUCCCUCAAGGCGGCCGACGCGCUGCUGGUGGAGAUCUCCCCCGACUUUGACAUCAUCAGCGAGAAGGUGAUAUCCGUGGACUAUGUGCAGCGUGGCGAUAUCCUGAAGGUGAUCCCGGGCGCCAAGGUGCCCGUGGACGGAAAGGUUCUCUACGGUCAUUCGACCUGCGACGAAUCGCUGAUCACCGGGGAGUCCAUGCCGGUGGCCAAGCGCAAGGGUUCCGUGGUUAUUGGCGGUUCGAUCAACCAGAAUGGCGUGCUCCUGGUGGAGGCGACGCACACGGGGGAGAACACCACGCUGGCCCAGAUCGUUCGUCUGGUGGAGGAGGCACAAACGAGCAAGGCGCCCAUUCAACAGUUAGCCGAUCGCAUUGCCGGCUACUUUGUGCCCUUCGUGGUCGUCGUCUCGAGCAUCACGCUGAUCGCUUGGAUCAUCGUUGGCUUCGCCAAUCCCGAACUGGUGCCGGUGGCCAUGGAGCACAAGAUGCACAUGGACCAGAACACCAUCAUCGUUAGCUAUGCCUUCAAGUGCGCCCUGAGUGUGCUGGCCAUCGCCUGUCCCUGCGCCCUCGGCCUGGCCACGCCCACCGCCGUCAUGGUGGCCACCGGAACGGGAGCGAUCAACGGCAUGCUGGUCAAGGGUGCCACCGCCCUGGAGAACGCCCACAAGGUGAAGACCGUGGUCUUCGACAAGACGGGCACCAUUACCCACGGCACCCCGAUGACCAGCAAGGUGACCCUGUUCGUCACCGCCCAAGUCUGCAGCCUGGCUCGAGCGCUGACAAUUGUGGGUGCUGCGGAGCAGAACAGCGAGCAUCCGAUCGCCUCCGCCAUCGUGCACUUCGCCAAGGACAUGCUGGACGUGGGCGCCACUCCGCAGAGCGGCAGCUUCGGCAAGAGCAGCAACUUCCAGGCGGUGCCGGGCUGUGGUAUCCGUGUCACGGUCUCCAACUACGAGCAGACGCUGCGACAGGCGUGCAAUGCGGAGCGGAUCAUCAACUACGAGAACCUGCACAGCAACCAUCCCCUGGGAUCUGUUCCAGUGGUCAAUGGAGCCAGCGUUGAGCAUCUGCUGCCGCAGCAGAGCGUGCGCAAGUCCAUGGAGCUGAACCAUCAGCAAUUGCUAUCCGACUUGGUAUCGGAACAGGAGGAGCAGCAGCAGCAGCAGCUGCUGACCGAUCACAAGAUCAUCGAUGGCCCCGAGAUCCGAGUGCUCAUCGGCAACCGGGAGUGGAUGCAGCGCAACGGGAUUGAAGUGCCGCUCGAGAUCAGCGAUUGCAUGACGCACGAGGAGCGCAAGGGACACACGGCGGUGCUGUGCGCUCUCAACGGGCAGCUGGUGUGCAUGUUCGCCGUCUCCGAUAUGGUCAAGCCGGAGGCGCACCUCGCCGUCUACACGCUGAAGAAGAUGGGCAUCGAUGUGGUGCUGCUCACGGGAGACAACAAGAACACGGCUGCCAGCAUUGCAAGAGAGGUUGGCAUUCGAACCGUUUACGCUGAGGUGCUGCCGUCGCACAAGGUGGCCAAGAUCCAGCGGAUCCAGGCGAACGGCAUCCGUGUGGCCAUGGUGGGCGAUGGAGUGAAUGAUAGCCCGGCGCUGGCGCAGGCGGAUGUGGGCAUAACGAUUGCCGCUGGCACGGAUGUGGCCGCCGAGGCAUCGGACAUUGUGCUCAUGCGCAACGAUCUGCUGGACGUGGUGGCCUGUCUGGACUUGUCCCGCUGCACGGUGCGUCGCAUCCGCUACAACUUCUUCUUCGCGAGCAUGUACAAUCUGUUGGGCAUUCCGCUGGCCAGCGGCCUGUUUGCUGCCUACGGAUUCACCCUGCUCCCGUGGAUGGCAUCCGUGGCGAUGGCCGCCAGUUCGGUGAGCGUGGUGUGCUCCUCGCUGCUGCUUAAGAUGUAUCGCAAGCCGACGGCAAAGACGCUGCGCACGGCGGAAUAUGAGGCGCAACUGGCGGCGGAACGAGCUGGUGGCUCCGAGUACGAUCUGGACAACCUGUCGCUGCAUCGCGGCCUGGACGAUCUGCCCGAAAAGGGCAGUAGGUUGGCCUUCAAGCGAUCGACCAAUUCGCUCAUCUCGCGCAUUUUCAUGCACGGCAACGGGGGCGUCACCUCGCCGGAUGCCAAACACGAGGAGGGUCUGCUGGAUCCCGAGGAGCAGUACGAUGGCCGCACCAAGAUCGUGAGGAGUCGCUACCAUGCGAACGAUAGCACCGAACUGCAGAAGCUGUGAGGAAAGGCAACCACAAACCAACCGAGGACCUCAAAACGACAAAUUUUCAGUGAAAUUGUUAGCGGGCUUUCAAUAAUUAUAAAACCAAUGUACAUAUUUGCAAAUUGAUUGUUUUGACAAUGAACAAGUGGUAGAAUCCAAAGGAUUAUCUUUGAUUUUGUAUGCCUCACAUGCGCAAAAGGCUAACGAGGUUCUAUAGAAAAGGUGUUCUCAGUAUGUAAAUAUAGCUCAAAAAGGAGACAUUUAAUUUGUAAUUUAAGUGCACUUUUUUAAACUACUGAGUUGUCUUUUUAUAUAUAGCUUUUCAAUAUUUGAGAAAAACUCAUUUAAAGUUGGAUCUGAGGUUCUAUUGUUGUAAACACAUGAAUUAACUGAGAUUUUCUUUAACGUACGGCAGGUUUUGUAUUUUUCUACACCCGCAAACGCACCGUCCCCUCUUUCUACACCACAAUUUUGUUAUUUUCCCAUUUUUUUUUAUAAGAAACUUAAAGCAUAAGCCUUUUUUGUUUUAUACAACAGUUUUUUUUUCCAGCAUUAUUUUCCUUCAUUAUUGCGCCUAUUAUCUUUAAUAUUAUUAUUAUUGUAUACCAACUUUUUUUGUGUUAUGAUCGUAAGUUAAAUACUAUUAUUAAGUUCAACUGAACAAAGGCAAAGAAGAUGCAGACGAGGAGACAAAGCAAGACAUCAAUCAUCAUUGAACUAUUGUUACUUAUUGUUAAUACGCAUUAUCACAUAUAUUCACCAUACGCAAAAGUAAAAUAAAUCGAACCCAAGAGACGAAAAUCGAACAAUCUGAACUUCCUUUGAGUCCUUGACCCCAUAUCGGCUUUAAUCCUUAUUUGUACAAUUGAAGGAUAACGUACACUUGUAAGACAAUUGGGCACAAGUCGAGAACAAAGUGAAAAUCAAUGAAAACGAAAAACAUUCUUUAUAUGUAACUUUAAUGUCUAUAUACAAAUCGCAUUGUUAAUGUACAUAUAAAUAAAACGAGAGAAACGGAGAGAGGAGAAUCCCCAUACUGGCAAA